AUGCUUAAAGAGCGGGUGGCAAGAGGCCAGUCAGGGCCUUUCGUGACGAUCCAAGAACCACGUACUCAAUCUACUGCACGCUCCCCUUCGGUCCUCACCUCGGCGUUCGGCGCACGCUUCACCUGCCCUUCCAAGCGGACAUACCCAUCGCACGCUACACGCCUGCCACAUACAAAGGGCCUACCAGACGAUACGAUUGACGGACACGGGGACAUGUUGUCGCCGCUCCUCUUCCUCCUUCUGCUGCUCGGCAGCGCCGGCCUUGUGCCGACGAGCUCAGCGGCAGCGGUAACGGAAUGCAAGCCGCGUCUACGCUGCCACGACUCGUCGACCGACGGCUCGCCCACCAUCUUCUCGACGCAGGUCGACGCCCAAGCGGCGUACGUGUCCUUCUGCACCGUGGGGUGUACCAACCAACUUCCGUCCUCUUCGCCCUCGUAUCAGGGCAGACACCGAUCCAGAAUCGCCCUGGAUCGACGCUGGUGCAACUUGCUCAAGCACGAGUCCGGCAUCGUCCAGAACUCGUCGUCGAAAAAGACCGAAGGCGGCAAGGCGGUCACGACCCGGCACCACAGCGAAAAGCAGGUCAAGGAGGCCGAAUUUCACCUCUGUUGUGUCGGACCGAGCGGUGAGGGCCAGGGCGAUGCGGAGUGGACCAAGAAGGCGGCCGAUUACGCCGGGUUCAACAUGGACAAGUGCGAGCUCAUCUAG